UAUUUUGACCCGUUUACAAAUCAACCCAAGUUAACCUUGGCCCAGUCUGAUUACAAAAGCCCUAAUCUGCCCUAUAUUUUUAUUUCCCUUCCGGAGUAAGCUCAGCACACAUUGAGCGCUUGUAGCUGCCGGCACCAUCCCUGCCCUAAACACCAUUAUUUUGCAGAGGGAAAGAGACAUGAAGUUCAUCGCUGCAUACUUGUUGGCUGUGCUCGGAGGCAAAACCAGCCCUUCCGCCGGUGACAUCAAGAAAAUCCUUUCUUCUGUUGGUGCCGAGGCCGAUGAUAGUAAGCUUGAGCUGCUCUUGUCUCAAGUUGAGGGGAAAGAUAUCACUGAGUUGAUUGCAGCUGGAAGGGAGAAAUUAGCUUCCGUACCAAGCGGUGGUGGUGGUGUGGCAGCUGUUGCUGCUGCACCUUCCAGUGGCGGUGGGGCUGCCCCAGCUGCUGAAGAGAAGAAAAAGGAAGAGAAGGUUGAAGAUGAAUCCGAAGAGGAGAUGGGCUUUGAUCUUUUUGGAGGAGAUGAUUAGAUUUGUUUUACUUCUAUAUGUUUGUUUGGAUAAUACUAUCAAGUUUUAGCACCCCUUCCUGUUUUUGACUCUAUAAUGAAGAAUAGCUGAAUCAUGAACCUGACAUCUCCAUCUUCAUUACCCUUUCAAGCCUACUUUUGAAAACAAUUUUUAUUAGAGUUUCAAACCAUAUUGUGUAUUUGAGUUUCAGUGAUUCUGCUGGCAUUAUUUACCGAUUUAUUCUCUUGCCAUCAAUAAGAGCGGUGUAGGACUUGUUGUGGCUUUUAGCUUGUGGGUUGUGCGGAGCAUUGGGGAAAGCCUCCUAUAGCAUGUGUAGACUAUGAGACUGUUUGGGAUGCUUAUGGGAACAUGGAUACAAGUCCCUGUAUCAUGAGCUCUUUUUUGGAAUAAGCUCCACCAAUCUGUUGCAGUGUUGCUUCUUAAAUCAGGCACUAAACAUACUCUUUAACCGUUAAAAGAACUUUUCCCAUUUUCC